AUGGUUGACCCUGUUGAUACGGCUCAGACACACUCACCCGUCCCUUCGUCCGCGCAAGCGCAGCCCACUCCCACGGGUGACCGCGCCUCGUCGCAGGCGACCAAGUCGCUCCCAAUCCGCGAAUCCAAGGGCGCAAAGACCCCCGCCUCCGCGGAUAAUCCAGAUGGAAAGAAACGUGAUGGAUCAAAACUUUCCGCCUCCAACGCUGAUGCUUCGAGUGCUGCCGGCGGCGAAAAGCCGCUCACGCCCGCGGAGCUGAAAAAGAAGGCCAAGGCAGAGAAAGCGGCUCGUCGUGCAAAGGAAAAGCUUGCCAAAGAGGGCGGGGCUGGUGCUGCAGGCAGCCCAGCCUCUGGAGGUCCUCAAGGUCGGCCGCCUGCCACGCCAAAGAAGGACACAUCUGGAGCGAGUAUGGGACAAAAGGGGCAGAAGGCGAUGCAGUCUCGCCGUGGAUCUGCCCCCACCGGCCACGCAGGUGACGAGCCGGUGAAAAAAGAGGACAAGAGCGUCGCGGUAUUUGGACACCUCUAUGGCCAACCGCGUCGGACAACUAUUGCUGGCGCUGGUAAGGAAGUGCAUCCUGCAGUAUUGGCGCUCGGUCUACAGUUGCGGGAUUAUGUUGUGUGUGGCAGCAGUGCCCGCUGCGUGGCCACACUGUUGGCCUUUAAGAGGGUGAUCGAAUCAUACACAACUCCCCUCGGAACCUCGCUGUCCCGCCACCUGACCACGCAUCUCUCCCACCAAAUCACAUAUCUUUCGACGUGUCGACCUCUUUCCAUCACACAAGGUAAUGCGAUCCGGGCGCUAAAGCUUGCGAUCUCUUCUAUUGAUCCAUCGACUCCGGAAUUGAGCGCCAAGGCCACCCUUUGCGAGUUCAUCGACAAUUUCAUCCGCGAGAAAAUUACUGUUGCCGAUCAAGUCAUUGCGGCAAGCGCCGCGCAGAAGGUUCAAGAUGGCGAUGUCAUUGUUACCUUUGCGGGUAGCUCUAUCGUCAAACAAACUCUGCUCUCUGCGCACAAGGAAGGGAAGAAGUUCCGGGUGUCAAUCAUCGACUCGCGGCCACUCUUCGAGGGAAAGAACAUGGCUCGCGCACUCGCCAAUGCAGGCUUGGAUGUGCAGUAUUCUCUUGUUCAUGGCAUCAGCCACGCCAUCAAGGAUGCCACCAAGGUUUUCCUCGGGGCUCAUGCUAUGACCAGUAAUGGCCGACUAUAUUCUCGCGUGGGAACUGCGCUUGUUGCCAUGUCUGCCAAGGAACGUGCCGGCGGUGUGGAAGUGCCUGUCAUUGUGUGCUGUGAGACUGUGAAAUUUACCGAUCGUGUGGCCCUGGACAGCAUUGUCGUGAAUGAAAUUGCCGACGCCGACGAGCUGGUGUCCGCUCAGCCAGCACAGCAGCUCACCGGCGUUACUGAUCCAGUGGCCCCCUCCAAGCCCGACAACAAGAAAGGCGGCAAAAGCGCUGCCAAUGCGCCAAAACCAGCCACUUCGGCCUCCGACCUCGACACAUCGUCUUCUCCCCUGAGGAAUUGGAAAGAAAACUCCAACCUGCAACUUCUCAACAUCAUGUACGACGUCACGCCCGCCGAGUAUGUCGACAUGGUAGUCACCGAGAUGGGAAGUUUACCACCAAGCGCUGUCCCGAUUGUCCACCGAAUGACCGAAUGA